CCAAAUGAUUCCUCUUAACAAUGUAUAUUUAUAAAGGAAAGUGGCAUGUUUGUCCAUAAUACCAAACCUUCUAUAAAUACUCACACACACACACACUUCAAAUUUUAACGAUAUUUACAUCAACAACAGCAAAGUAAAUCACAUACAUAUUUCAACAAACAAAAUAAUGAGCAGAAGGCGUCCAAGCAUCUUCCCCAUUUCCUCUCCAACUUUAAACGGAUUGGAAAUGCAAGACAACACAAGUACCGCCCCUGCCGCCGCAGCUCCGACAGCAACCGCCGCCCCCGCUGCCGGGCAGACGAGCAUCCACGUGACGGCCCUUGACGGCAUAGUGAACGUGAACUCCCUCUUCACGAUGUCGUUAUUCAUAGGGUUUUCCAUGACCGUCCCGGAAAACGCCACCGCGGGGGCGAGCGCGGCGUGCACCACCAGCGCGGAGACGGUGAGGCGACUGAUCGUGUUCGAAGUCAUCUCCUUCAGCUUCUUCCUAUUCUCAUCCCUCGUGGCUCAGAGCUUAAAGCUUCAAAUAAACCUGCGCAACAACAUGGACGCCGGCGAUCCUCACAAGGCCGACAUCAGCAUCGACCACCUCAAAUACUGCCUCUUGGGCUCCGCCGUGGGAUCGGUCCUGGGCUGCACCUUCCUGAUGCUGUCGAUCGUGGAUUUCAUUAGGGUGAAAUUGGGGUCGCUGUCUUGCGGCGGCGAGCCGGUAUACGCGGUGGUGACGCUGCUGGUGUUCGUGGGUUCGGGGCUGCUGGUUUAUGUGAUUACUGCUGCUCGUGCUGCUUUCGUUGUGCAAAAAGGCCCCCCUCCUGCUGCUGUUGAAGAGAAUUUGCAGAGCUAGUUUCCAUGUGUAUUAAUUAAUUAAGUAUAAUAUUUAGUUUUUAUGGUAUAUUGGUAUUAAAUUAAAUUGACGUUUCUCUUUUAUUAA